CGGGAAUGACAUUUUUUAGAUAUACAAAAAAAACUCGGUGGAGAUAAAAAAAAAAAUAUUGGCUUCCGGCUUCAUUAAUUUUCAGGUUAUUUUCCCCCUCUGCUAUCUGUUCUACCCUGUAUCUGUAUUAAUCUGUUGUUUGGGAGAAGGUUUACCUUCUCACCAUCUAGGCAUUUUUCCCGACCUAAGGGACGAUAAUUUCAACCAAUCAAAUGCGUUUGGCGCCCCGUAUCCAAAGUGCACCCCUUUGUUAGUCUUAAAUGAGUACGCGAAUUUCGUACUACGCGGAAACGGCACCUCGGGGCUCGCGGCUACGACGAAGACGACGACGUGAAGAAAAAAGGAUAAGGAAAAGGGCACGGCUCGCGCACCACACUUCACCACGUGUAAUACAACACACCGCCUUCGUGCCACCCGCGCAUUCCUCCUCCACACGCCCUCCAUCGCGCUACGUAACGCCCCAACGCUCGACGCGCGAAAUGAGCAUCAGGGCUGCAGCACCGAAUAUGGGCCCUUUCACCAGGUUAGUCUGUACGAACUUUCGUACUCUUCACACUAAAUACGCUCCCGGGCCCCUUCUCCCAACUACCGACGGCCGAAGCGCCGGAGGCGCUGAUCUGGUACGUGUACACGUACACGUACCUGUACGUGUACACGUAGUCUGGACCAGAGAGUGACCCGGUCGGAAGGGCAUCAAGGAAGAGAUAGAUUUACUGUGAGG